AUGAGUGCAUCAAAAAACACAAACCUUGGUGAUCCCCAAAAGAAACCACCAUCAUCAACUUUAAAGCUACUUGGUGUUUCAAUGAAGCGCUAUCAAGAGGAAUUGCCAGCUACAACACCAUUCAAUUUUGAAUAUGUCAAAAAAUUUGAAUGCCAAUACUGUCACCGAGGUUUUGCUAAUUCUCAAGCUUUAGGUGGCCAUCAAAAUGCACACAAGAGAGAACGUCAACGUGCAAAGCGAGCCCUGUACUUCUUCAAAGAUCAUCAACAUCAACGGAUCAAACCAGCAGGUCCCAUUAUCAAUGCACAUGCAGCUAGAUCCGGGCCGUUGAUUUGCGCGAGUGGGUCUAGAAGUAUUAAAGCAGCAGCUGGGGUAGCUAGGUUUGAGUGUCCAGCACAAUCACCAUCGUUGUUAAUGUUUGAUCAUAUAGAUCCUCGUCCACUUGUGGGCCCAAUAGGUGCGGGGGCUAUAUCAGCAACUUCUUUGAUUGCAGAAGAUGAAGGAGCUGGGGUUGAUCUUCACUUGCGACUAGCACCCAUACAUCCUUAG